AUGUCACUAUCGCAGCAUCAUAACCUUUUCCCUGUGGACAACGGAAAUGAUGUUCUCGAAAGGCUACUGCGUGGAGCAAGUGAUUUGGAGAAGUGGGAAGCAUGGGCCCGUGUCGAAAGCACAAAACGACUAUGCGUGUGCCUUCUGAUGGGUGACGCGAUGUUCUCUCACGAAUACGAGGUCAAACCUAUUCUACGCUUUGACCUGCUCAAGUAUGUUGUUCCAGGCGAUCUCGCAACCUUCGAGGCCCCUCUCCCGGCCGCCUGGUGGAAACUCUUACUUAAGUCACGCAGUGGGAUAGUCACUUUGUACGCCUUGAACCUUCCGCAGUCGAUUGGAAACUACGAAAUACACGGCCUCCUAGCAAUUUGUUGGGCUCAGGUCUCAGAGAGACAACAUCGCGGCCUCUUGGACACCAACAAUCCGAAUUAUGCCCAGUCGGUCAAUCCUGCUUGGGCGCUUGCCGAAGAUACUCACACUCGAAGCACUGCCGGCGUCCUUUCAGAGCUCUACGAUGCGUACAAAGACACAUUCGCAACCCUCAACCCUAACUGUCUGGUAUCUUGGCACAACACGUGCAUGAACCUCGCGGCAGAUCCUCUCAUUUUGCAAGACGCUGCCGGGAGAAACGGUGCCGUACGAGCAAAAACCGCACUUGAAUUGGUUGCUCAGUGGUCUGAAACCGCCACCGCGCGGCGAGCGUGCCUCCACGCCGCGCAAACGUUUCGUAUCAUGAGCCAGCGCAAGAUAUCGGAAGGGAUGAUGUUCCAAUCGGAAACCGCAUUGUUCGACUCCGCCCUCGUGCUCGGACUUUACUUAUAUUUGAGGCCCCAACCGAUAUCUGGGGAUGUCGCUGGGGGAGAACCUUUCCAAAAGGAAUCCGAGCUUUUGGACGACGUGGAUUGGACGCAUAUCGGGGUGCUCGGUCUGAGCCACGAGCAGGAGGAAGACCGUCCUUUGGGCGGCAGCAUUAUCGCACCAACCAACUGCAAAAGCAGGAGUUUCGUUCUCCGAGACGGCCUCCCCGUCUCCUUCGAGGGUGUCUCUUGCCCUGGGGAGUUCAGGUCCGCUCAGCGGAUCUUCCUCGCUUUUUCGACCCUCCUGAGUCAUGUAGCACCAUGGAACGCUCGAAGAUAUUGCCCAAUCCUCCGAACUUUGAGUGCUUGCAACUUUUAG